AUGGCGGAACAUACAGACGGUGAAGACACUGGAUUGAACGAUAAGAAAAUGGCGCAGCAGCAAACCUUGCGUUUCCGCGGCGCAGCCCCACCUCCUAGGGGUCCCCCACCGCUGCUCCGACCUCCGCCUCCACCAUUUGGUAUGAUGAGGGGACCUCCUCCACCUCCUCGACCUCCAUUCGGGCGUCCACCUUUUGAUCCUAACAUGCCGCCUAUACCUCCACCCGGAGCUCUGCCUCCACCAAUCGGACCCCCGCACAUUCAGGUAUAUAAUCGGCCUCCUUUCAUGCCCCCACCCAUAGGAAACAUGCCCCCUCCCCCUGGGAUGAUAUUCCCUCCAGGAAUGCCCCCUGGUGGGGGCCCCACAGCCCCACCCACAGAGGAUAUUUGGGUGGAGAACACCACGGCUGAGGGAAAGGUUUACUAUUACAAUGCACGAACCCGUGAGUCCGUGUGGACCAGGCCAGAGGGGGUGAAGCUCAUCCAGCAGACAGAGCUUGCUCCUCUGAUAACCGCACAAGCAGGGCCACCAGCAGGGGGCGCUGGUGGGACAACCGGAGCAGGCUCCACGGCAGUUGUGCCUGCCCCAGUCUCCACAGAGGCUCCAUCGCCCACCCGCAACCACAGUGGCAGCCCAGACCACGGCACUGGCACGGUGCCCGUCACUUCCCAGCCAGCGCCCACCUCUGCCGUCUCAGAGCUGCCGCCCGUCGCGUCUACUUCUCCUGCCGCUGUGGGCGUGACCCCCGUCGCCGUGGUGAGCGUUCCCACGGUGACGGCCUCCGUGACGGCGGUCCAGACGGUCCCGCUGCUCCCCCAGAGCCUGCCGCCGGGCCUGCCCCACGCGGUGGCUCAGCCUCCGGGCGCGGUGCAGGCCUUCCCCCCCGUCAUGGUGCCACCCUUCAGAGUGCCCCUGCCAGGCAUGCCCAUCCCCCUGCCAGGCAUGCUCCCGGGCGUGGCCCCGCCCCUAGUUCCCAUGAUGCAUUCUCAGCUGGCCAUCGCCACCACGCCAGCUGCCCUGGCGGGCGGUCUCCCGCUCCCAGAGUGGACUGAGUACAAGACGGUGGAUGGGAAAACGUACUACUACAACAACCGCACGCUGGAGUCGACCUGGGAGAAACCUGUGGAGCUAAAGGAGAAAGAAAAAGAAGUGGAGAAAGCCGCAGAGAGGUCGUCUCCGGAAGACCUGGAGUCCAUGGAUGUGCAGGACGAGUUCCAGAAAGCUGACACUGCAGCUGAAACACAGCCGGAGCCCAAAGACGAGGUGAUGUCUGAGGAAGAGAAGGCCGCUCAGAAAGCCAAACCGGUCGCCACCAACCCCAUUCCUGGAACUCCCUGGUGCGUGGUGUGGACCGGAGACGACCGCGUGUUCUUCUAUAACCCGACCACGCGACUCUCCAUGUGGGACCGGCCUGAGGAGCUGGUGGGACGCGCCGACGUGGACAAAUGCAUCCAGGAACCGCCCCACAAGAGAGGCCUGGACGACACGAAAAAACCCGGCGUCAGUAAAGAGGAACAGGAGCCGGUUACAGAGGAAGCGACAGAAGACGAACCCGUGAAGGCCAAGAGGAGGAAGAAGGAAGAAGCGAAAGAGGAGGAUGUUGAGAAAGACGCGGCCGUGGAGGCCGAGCUGCGGGCGGCCAGGGAGCGGGCGGUGGUGCCCCUGGAGGCGCGGAUGAACCAGUUCCGCCACAUGCUGCUAGAGAGAGGGGUCUCAGCUUUCUCCACGUGGGAUAAAGAGCUACACAAGAUCGUGUUUGAUCCUCGUUAUCUGUUACUCAACCCCAAAGAGAGGAAACAGGUUUUUGACCAGUACGUGAAGACGCGCGCUGAAGAGGAGCGAAAGGAGAGGAAGAACAAACUCAAUCAGGCGAAAGACGAGUUCAGAAAGAUGAUCGAGGACGCUAAGCUAAACGCUAGGACCACGUUUAGUGAGUUUGCGGCUAAGCACGCGAAAGACGCGCGAUUCAAAUCCAUUGAGAAGAUGAAAGACAGAGAGGCCAUCUACACAGAGUUUAUGACAGCUCUGAGAAAGAAGGAGAAAGAAGACUCGAAGAACAGAGGAGAGAAGGUGAAGCAGGACUUCUUUGAGCUGUUGUCGGACCACCACGUGGACGUGCAGCAGCGCUGGAGUAAAGUGAAGGACCGGCUGGAGACGGAUCCCCGGUACAAGGCCGUGGAGAGCUCCGCCGGCAGGGAGGAGCUAUACAAACAAUACGCAGAGAAGCAGGCCAAGAGUGUGGACUCAGAGAAGGAGAAAGAGCUGGAACGCCAGGCGCGUAUUGAGGCCAGCCUGCGCGAGAGAGAGAGGGAGGUUCAGAGAGCGCGCUCCGAACAGACCAAAGAGAUCGACCGCGAGAGGGAACAGCACAAACGCGAGGAGGCUGUGCAACACUUUAAAGCUCUUCUCUCUGACAUGGUGCGGUCUACGGACGCAACCUGGUCGGACACGCGGCGGUCCCUGCGUAAGGACCACCGGUGGGAGUCGGCGGCGUUGCUGGAGCGUCACGAGAAGGAGAAGCUUUUCGAGGAGCACGUGGAGGCCCUCACUAAACGCAAGAAAGAACAGUUCAGACAGCUACUGGACGAGACCACCUCGAUAACUCUGACCACUACGUGGAAGGAGGUGAAGAAGCUCAUUAAGGACGACCCGCGCAGCAUCAAGUUCUCCAGCAGCGACCGCAAGAAACAGCGGGCGUUUGAGGACUACAUCAAGGAUAAGUACAUCACAGCCAAAGCAGACUUCAGAACUCUUCUCAAAGAGACCAAGUUUAUCACGUACAGGUCACGGAAGCUGAUCCAGGAGUCAGACCAGCACCUGAAGGACAUCGAGCGAGUCCUCCAGAACGACAAACGCUACUUGGUGCUGGACUGCGUUCCCGAGGAGCGACGUAAGCUCGUCACCUUUUACAUCGAGGACCUGGACCGACGGGGGCCCCCGCCUCCCCCCACCGCGUCCGAACCCACCCGACGCUCCACGAAGUGAGGGAGGUGCUCACAGUCUCUCCGGGCGGACGGACGGAAGUGUGUGUCUUUCCCCUCACACGCCAUCUUCACACAGUAUUAGCGACCCCCGCAGUCCCCUCUCCAAUCUCUACAGUAUUUAUUAAAAGACUGCGCUAGGGUUUCUGUCCUCAGGUGUGUGACAUGUGAUAUGAACUUUGACAUCUGACCUCCAGGCAGAGGGUUGAUGUAGAUGCAUGCGUGGCGCGGUCGUUGCCUUGGAAACGGAUGCCUUUUUAUAUUUGUAAACUCAUGUUAGGCUGCUGACAUGACCCCAAGGCCUUAGUGGGGAUGAGGAUGAGUCACUGCUGAUGAUGGGCACUGUAUGUGGUUUGAAUGUGAACGUUUCUGAAAAUGGUUUGAUUUUUGACUUGUUAUCAUGUCCCUGUACAUGUUUCCUAACAAUAAAAGCAGCACUAAA